UAUUUUGGGGGCGGUUGUCCAAUAUGUUCUGCGCCUGCGCAGUUGAAUGUUGUGAUUGUAGCUGCAGCAACAUGUCUGCCUCCAUGGUGAGAGCGACCGUCCGAGCGGUCAGCAAGAGAAAGAUACUACCGACUAGAGCCGCUCUGACACUGACUCCAGCAGCUGUGAACAAGAUCAGGUUUUUAUUGGAGAACAAGCCAGAAUAUAUCGGUUUGAAGGUCGGAGUGAGAACGCGUGGCUGUAAUGGAAUGACUUACACACUGGACUACACCAAGGAGAGAGGCAAAUCUGAUGAGGAAGUGAUACAGGAUGGUGUGAGGGUGUUCAUAGAGAAGAAGGCUCAGCUGACCCUUCUGGGAACUGAGAUGGACUUUGUGGAUUCGAAGCUGGCCAGUGAAUUUGUCUUCAACAAUCCCAACAUAAAGGGCACUUGUGGCUGCGGAGAAAGCUUCAACAUCUGAGCAUCACGGAGCCUCCGUCCUCUCCCAUACCCUCCCUGCUCCAAACCCCGUCCCGUCCAUGAAGACUGAGAGACUGAAUGUUGACAAAGAAAUCUGAGGUGUGGACGUGCCUGUGUUCCCGCCACUGCUCUUACUGCAUAGCACUCACAUACAGGCACUUGUGAAGCCAAAGUAUGCAUAUUCAAACUUACAGGAAGGUUUUAAUACAAUACGUGUAGUCUAAACUAUCUCAACAUGUUGAUUUUAGAUUCAGACACCUCUGAUGUUGGCAACCGCUUUUUUAUACUUGACUCUGCAUCCCAAAAUAAACCUUAGAUGGACCUCAAAAGCAAGAUGUUUUUUUAAUUUAGUGACUGGCUGCCAUUUUUCACACUUACACAUGUUAUUUUCAGGAAUUCAGUAUAAAAAUCACCGUGAUUUGUGUGCAAGAUGAAAUGGAGAAAUAAUGGGAAAGUUUGAAUCUAUCCGCCAACAUCUACAGGCCAACAUUAGCUCUUGAUAAACACUGUAGAACGGUGUACCAUCACCCAGUGUUGUGUACCCAGCAGUAUGCAAAAGUGGAAGGAAGAGUUUGAGUGUCUUGAAACUGCUUUAUUGCAUUGUAAAGUGUAUAUUUAUCUCUGUCUGUGUAAAUAUAAAGAAUGUAUAUCUCUCUUGAAUCAUAACGCACAAAAAACAAAAAAACGCACAAAACAUGUAUCCCUUCAAAUACAGUAAGAGUACAUGAGGUUUAUGUUCUUUUUUGCUUGAUAAAAGCCAGCACUUUGUGUUUGUUCUGUGUAAUACGUGUGUAUAUAUUAAAAUAAUAAAGAAGAUAAAUCCAGUAUUA